AUGAAGAAGUACGAGGCGGAUCAACGUACAGCUCAGCGAAUGAAUCGACAGCCAAACCGCUACCCAGAUCGACGUACUUUGCUCCAACCUUCACACGAAAGCCUUGACAUGCCGGAUGUGGAGAUGGAGUCGGUGGGGUCGGACAUUUACCAACAUAUCCAUGAGGCGGCGGAAUACGACCCGGAUGAUCUAUGGAUGCCCGAACCACGGCGCCCUCAUGUAGCCGCGACCGGUGCGACUACCGGAGGGGGAAGCAUCACGCAGAGGAUCAGAAUCUCAGCGAUUUCUGAGCUGAAAGAAUUCUCAGGGAAGGAUCGGGAAGAAGACAAAGCACGGACCUGGAUCGGCAAAGUGAAAUCAGCGUUUAUCCGGGACCAAGCACCGGACGAGGAGAGAUGUCUGGUCUUCGGUGAUCUCAUGGUGGGCCCAGCCCGCUACUGGUACCGACAGCUGAGUAGAUCGACGAGAUUCAAUUGGAAAGAAUUGAUGAACAGUUUUCUUGUGGAGUAUGCGGGACACGGGAUGUCCGCGAGCAGGUAG